UCCCUUCCUGCAAUAGAAACAGUACCACAGACACCAACGCCACCGCAGCAGCAAGCGACGCUGCCUGUCACCGGCAGCUCGGGAGACCUCCCUUCCCAGCAAGAUGGCGGAGAGCAGCGGGAGCCUGGAGACCGUCACUGAGCACGAAAGAAUCCUGCAGGAGAUCGAGAAUACAGACACUGCGUGCUUGGGGCCCACGCUGCGCUCUGUAUAUAAUGACCAGCCAAAUGCACACCAAAGAUUCAUGGAAAAACUGGACACUCGGAUUCGCAAUCACGACAGAGAAAUUGAGAAAAUGUGCAAUUUCCAUCACCAGGGUUUUGUAGAAGCAAUUAACGAACUCCUGAAAGUAAGGGCUGAUGCCGGGAAACUGAAGGUCCAAGUUACUGAUACUAACCGAAGGCUUCAGGAUGCUGGGAAGGAGGUCAUCGCAAAAACAGAAGAAAGCGUCCGAUGUAGAAUCCAGACAAGAAAUAUUGCAACUGUAAUAGAUAAACUCCAGUUGUGCCUUCCAGUGCUGGAAAUGUACAGCAAACUAAAGGAACAAAUCAGCGGAAAGAGGUAUUAUUCUGCCCUAAAAACAAUGGAACAGUUAGAAAACAUUUAUCUUCCUAAAGUGUCUCAAUACCGUUUUUGCCAAAUAAUGGGCGAAAAUCUUCCGAAGCUUCGAGAGGAAAUAAAGGAGAUUUCCAUGUCAGGUCUGAAGGACUUUUUGGAGAGCAUCAGGAAGCAUUCGGACAAAAUUGGGGAAACGGCAAUGAGGCAGGCUCAACAGCAAAAAACCUUCCAGGUUGCCUUGCAUAAAAAAAACAAUGUCAAUUUAAAAAAAAGCAAGAUUAUCUUCAAUGGACACAUUUCUGGAGAUAAAAAUGGAGUAAAAUCAAAAUAUGUUGCGGGGAAUGAAGACACAGAAGAAGAGGUUUUAAAUGUUCAAGAUUUGGUAGAUUUCUCACCUGUUUAUAGAUGUCUCCACAUAUACUCAAUUUUGGGUGAUAAAGAAGUAUUUGAAAACUACUACAGAAAGCAGAGAAGAAAACAGGCAAGAUUAGUCCUGCAGCCCCAGUCCAACAUGCAUGAGACGGUCGAAGGUUACAGAAAAUAUUUCAGCCAAAUUGCUGGGUUUUUUGUUGUGGAAGAUCAUAUUUUACAUGUAACGCAAGGGCUAGUGACUGGCAUUUACACCGCCGAAUUGUGGAAUAUGGCUCAGUCGAAGAUCAUAGCUGUCCUUCGAACACAUUCGUCGUAUUGCACUGACCCCGAUCUUGUCCUGGAGCUGAAGAACCUGAUCGUUGUGUUUGCUGAUACUCUGCAGGGCUUUGGUUUUCCUGUUACUCGACUGUUUGAUCUUCUGUUUGAAGUAAGAGACAGAUACAAUGAAACCUUGCUUAAAAAAUGGGCAGGGAUAUUCAGGAACAUUUUUGAAGCAGAUAACUACAGUCCUAUUCCUGUAGCUAACGAGGUGGAAUACAGAAAUGUUAUCAGCAAGUUUCCGUUCCAGGACACAGAGACUGAUAAGAAACCAUUUCCAAAGAAACUUCCGAUAUCUCAGUCAGUUCCUCAGAUUUACUCGCAGGUGAAAGAGUUUAUCUACGCAAGCCUUAAAUUCUCCGAGUCACUCCAUAGAAGCUCCACGGAAAUCGAUGACAUGCUUCGAAAAUCCAGCAAUUUGCUUCUCACCAGGACACUGAGCGGCAGUUUGCAGAAUGUCAUCAAAAAGCCUCACAUAGGUUUAACAGAGCUAGUGCAGAUCAUCAUCAACACCACACACCUGGAGCAAGCCUGUAAAUACCUGGAGGAGUUUAUCACAAAUAUUACAAAUAUUUCACCUGAAACAGUGCACACGACAAGACUUUAUGGACUGUCUACAUUUAAGGAUGCAAGACAUUCAGCUGAAGAGGAAAUAUAUACAAAACUCAACCAAAAAAUAGAUGAAUUCAUUCCGUUGGCCGACUAUGACUGGACCAUGUCUGAGCCAGAUGGAAGAGCCAGUGGGUACUUAAUGGAUCUGAUCAAUUUUUUAAGAAGCACAUUUCAGGUUUUUACUAAUUUGCCUAAUAACAGCAAUGAUCACGCAGCUAUGUCGGGAAAGGUGGCGCAGACGGCUUGUAUGUCAACCUGCAAACAUCUAUCCACAUCUCUAACACAGAUGCUGCUGGACAGCGAUCUGAAACAGAUAAGCAUGGGAGCCAUCCAGCAAUUUAACCUAGAUGUCAUACAGUGUGAAUUGUUUGCAAGUUCGGAUCCUGUGCCCGGGUUUCAGGAGGAUACUCUGCAGUUAGCGUUCAUUGACCUCCGACAAAUUUUGUGUUUUUCAGCUGCUGGACCUGUUUAUGGUAUGGGACUGGUCAGCUUACUUAGCCGAUUAUGGGCAGCCAACCUCCAAAUAUCUGAGAGUGAAUCCAAGCACAGCCCUGAUUCUGCUGGAGAAGAUGAAGGACAGCAGCAAGAAGAACAACAUCUUUUCUCAGUUCAGAAAAAAUGACAGAGACAAACAGAAGUUAAUGGAGACUGUUGUGAAACAACUCAGGAGUCUGGUGAACGGGAUGUCUCAGCACUCGUAACAUUCAUUCUGCUCUUAUAACAAUCAAGGGAUACCCAUAAUGUGCACCACUGCCCUUAUAAUAGUCGUGGGAUAUCCAUGUGUUCUUCAUUGUCCCAAUACCAGUCAGGGAAUAUGCAUAAUAUCAUCCACUGCCCUCAUACUAAUCAGGGGAAACCCAUAUUGUGUAGCACUGCCCUCAUACCAUUCAGGAGAUACUCAUAUUGUGCAUUACUGCUCUCAUAAUAGUCAGGGAAUACCAUUAUUGUGCCCCACUGUCCAUACACCAGUCAGGGGAUACUCAUAUUGUGCACCACUGCUCUCUUACCAAUAAGGGGAUAUGCAUAUUGUACACCACUGUCCUCAUAAUUAGUGAUGGGCGAAUUUAUUCGCCAGGCAUGGAUUUCGCUGCAAAUUUCACGGCUGUGAAAAUUUGGCGUGGGAAAAUUUGCUGAGACAAAAAAAAUUUCGUUCGUCAAAACUGUCGCACGUCAAAAUGAUUUCGGGCACCAACUGACUUUAAUGCAUUUGGACAAAAGAGUUGCGCGUGUAAAAACUGUCGCUCGUGCUGAAAAAAAAUGUUGACGCCCAUCGACUUCAAUAUGUUUCGCAAAUUUUUCAGAGUUUCGCAAAAUUUUUUUGGAGUUUUGCGAAUUUCUUGGUGAAGCGAAAUGGGAUAAACUCGCCCAUCACUUCUCAUAAAAGUCAUGGAACCCAUAUUGUAUACCACUGCCCCUACAUUAGUCAGGGGAUACCUGUAAUGUACACCACUAACCCCAUAACAGUCAGGGCAUAUAAAUAAUGUGCACCGUUGCCUCUAUAUUAAUCAGGAGAUACUAGUAAUGUGCACCAUUGCCUCUAUAUUAAUAUCGGAGAUACUAGUAAUGUGCACCAUUGCCUCUAUAUUAAUCAGGAGAUACUAGUAAUGUGCACCAUUGCCUCUAUAUUAAUCAGGAGAUACUAGUAAUGUGCACCAUUGCCUCUAUAUUAAUAUCGGAGAUACUAGUAAUGUGCACCAUUGCCUCUAUAUUAAUCAGGAGAUACUAGUAAUGUGCACCAUUGCCUCUAUAUUAAUCAGGACCACCAUAGUAAUGUGCACCAUUGCCUCUAUAUUAAUCAGGACCACCAUAAUAUACACCAAGAAACACACCCCUGCGAGGGACCCACUUAUAACUCCAAGAAACACGCUGCAGCACUCC